AUGUCGGGAGGAAUAGAGGAGCCGUACGCUAUCGCCGCGCUGGCGAAGCCACUGGAUGGCAAACAUGGACGAAUCGUGGGUGCCUCAGUGCACAGCAUAGCUGGCUCGCGGAAGAGAAAGCGACAUGAGGUUGCGAUUGGCGUGGACGGCGAGAGUGUCAGCAUCUACCAUACACAGGACCAGAGCACCGUCAGCUCAUACGCCCUACCACCGCAAUCCUACCUCGCCGCCCCACCGUGUUCCAUCUACUGCAAACGAGCAAAGCCGCAGCAACCGCAGAGGCAGACAUAUUUGGCCGUCUGGGACAGCGUGAGCCGACAGAAGGCGCGUGUCGUGAGCAUCAAGGAGAAUCUCGGCAAACCGCAAAGCGAUGAGCGUGAACCGCGAGCGCCGACCCGACGAGAGCGGAAGCUGCGACAUGCGCAGGUGGUGGCAAUCGACGUCGUUCCGGUGCAUAACACUCUCGCAUCGCUAGAGAGCGACCAGCACCCCGUUCUGGUGUCUUACAGUAACGGGGACGUGGAUUGCUUGCGGGGCGACAUGUCAGCUGCCCGGUGGGAGCAUAAGGCGACAACUACCGGCGACACUCAGAUUGAAUAUGCCGUGGUCGUCGAGUACGACGCAGCGAGGCGAGGGCUUUUGAAGAAUCGGGAAGACGUUCUGGCUGUGCUGGACUCGUCCGCAGAUGCAGGAAGGACCACCAACGGCCCGCCUUUGCUUUGCCAGGUGAUCCGAACAGGUUCUCAAAGAUCACUACGCAUCUUCGCUCUACGCAACCUUUCUGGCGAUACUCUGCAGGGCGGUAGAUCUUCGUUUGAAGAUGUCCUUACUUACGACCUUCCAGCGCGGCAUAACACGGGCACCGAGGAGGCACAAUAUGAGCUCCAUGCUGCUUCCGCUAUGCUUUACCAGCGUCUGGGCAAUCGACUGACAACCUACGAUGUAUCGGGCACAACACCCGAAGCCUCAUUCGAGCUAGGUCGUCGGGAUGGUCUCAUCGUGAACAGCUUCACAAGACUUUCAUCAGCAACAGUCCUCGUAGUGACUCCGGACAAGCUGGCAGUCUAUGACACAAAGUAUGGGUCGGUUUUGAGCUCGCUGGCAUAUGUCACUCAGCCCGAUGCGGCAGCUAAUGCGCAAGCAAGAUCGUCGCUCGCGAUCAUCUCACAGUUCACAGAUCUAAACAUCCUGGUAGCUCUGUCAGCAAACAAUCUCAUCGCUUUCCAGGUCGGUAACAUGCUCGAUGAUGGGCGAAGUUCGAGAGCACAGGAACCAGUGCUUUUUGACGUGCUCGGCAAAGGCAAAGUAGCAUUGCUCGAGGGUUCUGAACUGAAGGAGAAGAAGAAACGAAAGUGGGAGGAAUGGAAAUCGAAGGUCGAUGGCCUUUUCGAAGCUUCCAAUGCCGAAGGCCUGGAAAGCUUCGUUGCGAAAAUGCUUAAACUUGACCCGAAAACUCAGGACAAGGCCGCAGAGAACUUGCCCAGCGGCUACCACGACGCCGACGUCGCCCUCUGGGACCUGCCCUCGAAUACCUACGAUCCUCAGCAUGUCGAGACACGGCGUGCCUCGUACCUGCUACGAAAGCUCUUUGCUUGGCGAUCGCUUGAUCGUCGAUCUCAUAGCGCUGGAAAUCUCGAAAUCACGUUGCUCUCAAGGAAUGUCUUGCGAUUCCUGGCUCUUGCUGGCUAUCUCACCACAUCAACCAUGCAGCUUGUGUUACCACAAGCCAAUGACGGUACAAAACGCCGUGUCGCUCCUGGCGACAUCAUGCUGGCCAUUGCGGAUGGUGAACCUAGCCUAGUGCUGAUGUGCGAUCUCAUCUCAAUGCGUGUUCAUUGGGAUCUGCCCGAGAUCGUGCAAGGCUUGCAGACCCUUAUCCGCUCCUUACAGGACAAACAGAACGCCGACAUGGCGGCUGCGCAACUGACCAAUGGAGUUGUCGACAUGGCCGACGGAGAUGUCCAGACCGAGCUUGAUGCCGUUGAGAGAGAGCUGGACAAGGCCGAGAACCUGUUGGAAUCUGGCCUUGCGAUCCGCGCGCACGCAUGUCGCAUCUUACUCAACCGCCUACAAGCCUUUCCUCAACGGGAUGUCAAGCAAGUGAUGCAUACCAUGCUUACACAUGCCGACCUCAUAUUCUUCCUAUGUCUUCUGCGCCUCGAACUUGCUGAUGGUGGCUGGACACAGAGAUAUCUUGAGCAGGACGUUGGCGAGGAGGAACCAUCGCUCGACGUACCAAAUGCGCAGGACAUCACUGCAAGCAAUCUGGCUAUUCGGACUAUCGCGGACCUCUUCGACUGCGCUGUAGAUGCAAUUGGCCUAAGUGGAUGGCUCAUCGGUCUCAGUGCAGACAUCGAUGGCACCGAACAGCUCCUACAAGAACUGAAAAACGAAGUCAGUGCCACAGUGGAAGGGCUGUUCGAGGCCGAGCUAUUGACGAAUCUGCUGAGCAAUGUCAAGAAGACUGCGGCAGUGUUGGGGGAGCAACAACGAUCUACACUGAAGCGUAAGCUCCAAACGGAUGAGGACGACUCUGUUGAAGACAAGUUGAUGCCUGUUGGCGGGCGUCCUGAGCCUCCGAUCGUGCGUACAUGGGGAACAAAGGAUGGACGAAAGAGCAAAGCCGCGAUUGCUCAGCAGAAGAGCAGAGCGGUAGGCAAGUACUCCUUCGAGCAGAUCAGGAUCUGA